AUGAGUGGCGGGGGCGGGGCGGAGUCCAGGUGCGCCUCGGCGUCCACUUGGCAGAGCGCCUGGGAGCCGCCUGUGGGCAGGAGAGGAUCUGUCAAAUGCGAGGUUCCUUUAAUAAGAGCGACCAGUCCGGCUCCGAGAGUCAUGGCGACCGCAGCGUCUAACCACUACAACAUCCUCACCUCCAGCGCAUCCAUAGUGCACUCGGAGCCCGGCAGCAUGCAGCAAGCCACGGCGUACCGGGACGCGCAGAGCCUGUUGCAGAGCGACUACCCGCUGCAGAGCAACAGCCACCCGCUCAGUCACGCACACCAGUGGAUCACGGCGCUGUCCCACGGCGAGGGAGCCCCGUGGUCCUCCAGCCCGCUCGGCGCCGAUCAGGACAUCAAGCCCGCGGUGCAGGGCGCCCGGGACGAGAUGCACAACUCCAGCAGCAACCUGCAGCACCAGUCACGGCCACCCCACUUGGUGCACCAAUCACACGGGAACCACCACGACGGCCGGGCGUGGAGGACCACCACCACGGCGCACAUACCGAGCAUGGCAACGACGAACGGCCAAAGCCUUAUUUACUCCCAGCCGGGCUUCAGCGUUAACGGGUUGAUCCCGGGCAGCGGGCAGGGGAUGCACCACCACAACCUAAGAGACAGUCACGAAGACCACCACAGCCCGCACCUCAGCGACCACGGCCACCCUCCGUCCCAGCACCAGCACCAGCCGCAGAGCCACCACGACCACUCGGACGAGGACACGCCGACCUCGGACGACCUGGAGCAGUUCGCUAAGCAGUUCAAGCAGCGGAGGAUCAAGCUGGGCUUCACUCAGGCGGACGUGGGACUCGCCCUGGGGACCCUGUACGGAAAUGUGUUUUCCCAGACCACGAUUUGCAGGUUCGAGGCCCUACAGCUCAGCUUCAAAAACAUGUGCAAGCUGAAGCCUCUGUUGAACAAGUGGCUGGAGGAGGCGGACUCCACCUCGGGCAGCCCGACCAGCUUGGACAAAAUUGCGGCGCAGGGGAGGAAAAGGAAAAAACGGACCUCCAUCGAGGUAAGCGUAAAGGGGGCUUUGGAGAGCCAUUUUUUGAAGUGCCCAAAACCGGCAGCGUCGGAAAUUACUAACCUGGCGGACAGUCUGCAGCUGGAGAAAGAAGUGGUGAGGGUUUGGUUUUGUAACAGGAGACAGAAGGAGAAACGCAUGACCCCUCCCGGAGGAGCUCUGCCGGGGACCGAGGAUGUGUACGGAGACACGCCGCCGCACCACGGGGUCCAAACCCCGGUCCAAUGAACUCUGUCGGACCGCUC